AUGGGGCGAGCGGGACGGGCGGAGCCCCUGGCCCAGCGGGACGAGGCGAGCGGGGCGGGCCGAGCCCCUGGUCCGGGCGGAACGAGGCGAGCGGGGCCGGGCGCCGCCGGCGCCGCUGAGGGACGAGCCCGGGGCCGCAGCGAGUGCCAUGUUAGGGCAGAGCCGCCCUGGCCGGGCGCCCGGCGCGCCAGGUUCGGCUCGCUCCUGCCUGGGCUUGUUCGUCACGGAAGAAAACGUGUGUGUGGAGAGUUGAGGAAAGCUGCGCUCACAAAGCUGGCCCUGGGCAGCGCAGAGGCCGAGCUGGGUACGGGGCACAGCCCCGGGCCGGGCCGGCUCCGAACACACAGCCUGCGGUACCGGCACGGCUCCGCGCCGUUCCUUGUCAAUCGCUUCUGCCUAAAGCAGUUCCAGUGGAGAAUGUCCAUCCUGGCUUUAAAAUCACAUCGCUGCCAUAAGAAAAAGCAUCUGCCGGAGCUCACGGACAGGCCGGGCCCCGGGGGGGGGCUCUCAUGGCAUCACCGCAUCCCUCGUUGGCGCCCCCGGUCACCCGAGUCCUCAGCGGCAGCGCCCCCUGGCGGCAGCGGUUGGGCACCUCGGGCCCGAGGUCCCGACCCUGGCUGCGGCGGAAGUGACGAACACUAUGGCGGAAGUGACGCAGCGCUAUGGCGGAGGCGCCGGGUGCACCGGAGGGUGAGCGGUGGGGCCGGACGGGGCGGGACGGGCCCCCCGCCCGCAGCACUCGCGGCCCAUUUCUCGCUGUCCCUUGCAGAGUGCCCCGGGACCGGCAGCGCCCAGGCGGGCAGAGCGGCCGCCUGCCAGGGAUGUCCCAACCAGGGGCUGUGCGCGGCCGGCGCGGCCGGGCCGGACCCGGCGGAGGCGGCGGAGCUGCGGGAGCGGCUGCGGGCGGUGCGGCACAAAGUGCUGGUGCUGUCCGGCAAGGGCGGCGUGGGCAAGAGCACCUUCAGUGCCCUCCUGGCGCACGGGCUGGCGGCGGACGAGAACAAGCAGGUUGCUCUGUUGGACAUAGAUAUCUGCGGGCCAUCGAUUCCUAAAAUAAUGGGUCUAGAAGGAGAACAGGUUCACCAGAGUGGAUCUGGGUGGUCUCCAGUGUAUGUUGAAGAAAACUUAGGUGUUAUGUCAGUGGGGUUCUUGCUUAGUAGUCCUGAUGAUGCUGUCAUCUGGAGAGGACCAAAAAAGAAUGGGCUGAUCAAGCAGUUUCUGCGUGAUGUGGACUGGGGUGAAGUGGAUUACCUGAUCGUGGACACGCCCCCAGGAACAUCAGAUGAGCACCUGUCCAUCGUGCAGUACCUCAGUGCCACCCACAUCGACGGUGCUGUCAUCAUCACCACCCCCCAGGAAGUGUCACUUCAGGACGUUCGGAAGGAGAUCAAUUUCUGCCGCAAGGUGAAGCUGCCCAUCAUCGGUGUUGUGGAGAACAUGAGUGGCUUUGUGUGUCCCAAGUGUAAGAAUGAAUCUCAGAUCUUUCCCCCAACUACUGGUGGUGCAGAGAAGAUGUGCCAGAACUUAAGUGUUGCUCUCCUGGGUAAAGUGCCUCUGGAUCCACAGAUAGGAAAGAGCUGUGACAGAGGCCAGUCUUUCUUGGCUGAAGCACCCGAGUCUCCAGCUACAUUGUCUUACAGGAAUAUCAUUCAAAGAAUUCAGGAAUACUGUGAACAACACCAUUUGCAAGAAGAAAAGAUAAUGUAAUCUGUAAAUGGAAAAAAAAUUCUUCAUUUUUGUUAAUUCAUAAUUAUAGAAAAGUAACUUAUGCCUUGAUUUAUUAAAGGAAUGCAUUCUUUUUGUAUAUUGCAAAUAAAUUCGUAAUAUAAAGGCCUUUGUUUAUUCCAAAA